CGCUAAGACUGCAACAACUCGAACAGCAGGACGGAAGUUAACAUCUUGGAGUGGUAGCGGAGUGACAACAUCUUCCCACCGGCCCUUAACACCAUGGCUGAACCGGAACAGGCGCCAGAACAACCUAAGACGGCCAACCAAAAACAAGUUAUCGCCAGCAAGGUUACAGGCACCGUGAAGUGGUUUAACGUAAAAAGUGGAUACGGGUUUAUUAAUCGGAAUGAUACCAAGGAAGAUGUUUUUGUUCAUCAAUCAGCAAUUGUUAAGAACAAUCCUAAAAAGGCGGUGCGAUCAGUGGGAGACGGUGAAGUAGUGGAAUUCAGCGUCGUCGUCGGCGAAAAAGGUAAUGAGGCUGCGAAUGUAACAGGACCGAAUGGAUAUCCAGUGCGCGGCUCACCAUACGCUGCGGAUCGUAGACCCGGUUUUCGCAAAUGGUUCUAUCCAAGGGGCGGCCGCGGAGGCGGACGAGGCGGAAAUCGUAGACCGCAUUCAAACACCCGUAGUGAGGGUGAUAAAGAAGGCACUGAAGACGGCGGACAACAGGGUGGCCCACCGUUGCGCAAAUAUAGACCGAGGCGCGGGCGCGGCGGUUAUGGCGGUGGCGGUGGCUAUUAUAGAGGCCCCUAUCGCGGCGGACCGCCCGGAGAUAACGAGCAUGGCGAUGGCGAAGGCGGCGGUGGCAUGAGAGGUCGUGGAGGCGGUGGACCGCCACGUCGUUUCUUCCAUAGAAACUUCCGUAGCCGAGGCGGCAGAAGACCACGCUCUCAGGACGGCCAGGGCCAAGCAGAACAUAGCGGUGAGGAAGGAGGAAACCGCGGACAAACCCGCCCAAGAUACCGCAGGCGUGGUAUUGUUCGUAACCGCGGAAAUAAUUCGCAGUCGGAAUCAACCAACAUUAAGGCUGAAGAUACCACUGCGACCACUAAAUCUGAAGAAAGUCAACCUGUGCAGAAUACCACCACUGAAAGUACUGCAUAGGUACUUUCUUCAUACCAUCAUAAAAAAAACAAAAAAAAAAUAAUCAGCCAAUGUUUAAAUAACAAAAAAAAACAACUUAAUUAGUGCGUGAAUUUAUAAAAUAAGAAAGCAGACAAAAGACAUUUCAUAGCAAUAUGAUCAUCUUGAGUAAAUUUGUAACUAAUGAAGUAAUAAAAAAUCGAUAAUGUGAAUUUUUGAGUGAAGGUGAAGUUUGGCGAUCGCUGAGCGCCGUCCUAUAUCCGUUUUUUAUACAAUUUUACAUGUGUAUAUGCUGUCUACUUGGGCCUGAGCCGGUCGACGCCAACCUUCGACCUCGUCGUUUUCUUUCCAAACGAAAAUGUUUGUGAAAUGUCUUUCAACCCUUGUCUCGCUUCAUUGAUUUCUUCUCAUAACCAUAAAUAAAUAAAAUUAAAAAAAAAAAACAAAAUUCAACAAUUGCCGAUCUGUCAACUCUUCGACAAUUGUUGUAAACAAAAAAAGAUUGCAACACCUAACUUUUCUUUCCAACCGAUGGAAACAAAAACACUGAAAAAAGGAGAAAAAAAAUUCGCAAAAUAAAAAUUAAGGAACGGACGUUUUAAUCCACCCACGCCCACCUAAAUCUCUCUUCGAUCAACAGUGUCCCACUUUUUCGGUGUUACAUUUGUGAUUAGAUAUAGUAUGAUAUGUAUUUUUCUUUAUUUUUUGGAAUUGACGCUCGAUGUAACGAUGAAUAUCGCCGUUUCGAUUACCGACCGUUUUUGUCAAGUGAAUAUUCAGUUUUUUAAGCGCUCUUUUUCGUAAUCUAAUUUACCAUUUAGUUUAUUUUCUGUACGACUGUUGGUGAAGAGAAUAAAUGUCUGUUCUUUA